AUGAGUAAACGACCUGCACCAAAAGAUUCAUCAGGAAGAAUAACUAAAUUAUUAAAAAGUAUUGAUAAUAAUGGAAAAGAUGAAAAUUUUGAUGAUGAUGAAACUAAUGAAGAAACAUUUAUUCCAAAAGCAGCAUCUCGACGUUUAGAAGAUUCAAUUGAUGUUGAAGAUGAUGAUUUAUAUCGAUCAUCGGCAAUAGGAAUAACAACUCAAGGUUUAAAAGAUUUUCGUUCUGAAAUGGAAUUAAAAAUUGAUCAUGAAAAUCGUCCAUUAUGGGUUACACCAGAUGGUCAUAUUUUUCUUGAAUCAUUUUCAGCGGUUUAUAAACAUGCUCAUGAUUUUUUAAUUGCUAUUGCUGAGCCUGUUUGUCGACCAGAAUAUAUUCAUGAAUAUAAAUUAUCAGCUUAUUCACUUUAUGCUGCAGUAUCUGUUGGUUUACAAACAAAAGAUAUUAUUGAAUAUUUACAACGACUUAGUAAAACAACAAUACCAAAUAGUAUCAUUGAAUUUAUUCAAUUAUGUACAUUAAGUUAUGCAAAAGUAAAAUUAGUAUUAAAACAUAAUCGAUAUUUUGUUGAAAGUGCUUAUCCUGAUGUUUUAAAAAAUCUUCUUCAAGAUUCACAAAUUCAAGAAUGUCGAUUAGUAGCAACAGAGAAUAAUUUGGAUACAAAUACAAUAACAGAAAAACCUCGACUUAUUAUUCCUGGAACAACUGCAGCAAGUACAAAUACAACAACAGAUACUUCAACAGCAACGAAUGAACAAGUACCUGAUGAUAUUCGACGUUUAUAUGAAAAAAUCGAUCGAGAUGAAGAAGAUCUUGAAGAUUUAAAAAUUGUUUCAUUUGAAAUUAUUCAAAAUAAAAUUGAACUUUUACGAAAACGAUGUCAAGAAUUAGAACAUCCAUUACUUGAAGAAUAUGAUUUUCGUCAUGAUACAAAUUUAAAAAAUUUAAAUAUUGAACUUCGACCUAAUGCUAUCUUACGUCCUUAUCAAGAAAAAAGUUUAAGAAAAAUGUUUGGCAAUGGACGUGCACGAUCUGGUUUAAUUGUUCUUCCAUGCGGUGCUGGAAAAUCUUUAGUUGGUGUUACAGCAGCUUGUACAAUAAAUAAAAGUUGUUUAGUAUUAUGUAAUUCAAAUGUUUCUGUUCAUCAAUGGAAACAACAAUUUAAAAUGUGGUCAACAGCUGAUGAUUCUAAAGUACGAUUAUUUACGUCAGAUGAUAAAGAAAAACCAAAUGAUUCAUGUGUAUGUAUCAGUACUUAUCCAAUGAUUGCACGUACUGAACGAUGUAAUGCUGAAACAACUGAAGUAAUGAAAUUACUUAAAGAUCGUGAAUGGGGUUUAAUGAUUCUUGAUGAAGUUCAUACAAUACCAGCUGAAAGAUUUCGUAAAGUUUUAACUAUUGUACGUGCACAUACAAAAUUAGGUCUUACAGCAACAUUAGUUCGUGAAGAUGAUAAAAUAACAGAUUUAAAUUUUUUAAUUGGUCCAAAAUUAUAUGAAGCUAAUUGGAUGGAAUUACAAAAUUUAGGUCAUAUUGCUAAAGUUCAAUGUGCUGAAGUUUGGUGUCAAAUGACACCAGAUUUCUUUCAAGAAUAUGUAUCAGUAACAAAUGAUAAACAUCGACGUUUACUUUUAUGUGUUAUGAAUCCAAAUAAAUUUCGUUCAUGUCAAUUUUUAAUACGUUAUCAUGAAAGACGUAAUGAUAAAAUUAUUGUCUUUUCUGAUAGUAUGUUUGCAUUAGAAAGAUAUGCAAAAAAAUUAGACAAACCGUAUAUUUGUGGUAAAACAUCUCAAAGUGAACGUAUACAAAUUUUACAAAAUUUUCAACAUAAUCCAAGAAUAAAUACAAUAUUUGUUUCUAAAGUAGCUGAUACAUCAUUUGAUUUACCUGAUGCUAAUGUAUUAAUACAAGUUUCAAGUCAUGGUGGUUCAAGAAGACAAGAAGCUCAACGACUUGGUCGAAUUUUACGAGCUAAAAAAGGAACUAUUGUUGAAGAAUAUAAUGCAUUUUUUUAUUCACUUGUAUCUCAAGAUACAGUUGAAAUGUAUUAUUCAGCUAAACGACAAAGUUUUCUUAUUAAUCAAGGUUAUUCAUAUAAAGUUAUUACACGAUUAGUUAGUGAAGAAGAUAAUCUAUUUUAUUCAACAAAAGAAGAACAACGUCAAUUACUUGAACGUGUUCUUCUAGCAACAGAUCGUGGUGAAGAUAAAGAAGAAGAGUCUCUUGGACAAGUUGCUUCAUCAACAACAUCUGUUGAUCGACGUGUUGGUACAAUGAAUUCAUUAUCAGGUGCUGAUGCAACAACAUAUAUGGAAGUUAAAAAGAAACCAAUAACAAAUGGUACAGCUCGAUCAAAUAAACCAAAACAUGAACUAUUUAGAAAAUAUCGUAAAUAA